AUGGGGAACAUAAUCCGAAUCAGGAGAAAAGUGACCGAGGAAUUGGACUCUCUCUCUCAGAAGAUGGAAGCUUUUCGCGAUGACAUCGAAAGGACAGCCGAGGGUCUGGAUAGCUUGAUCGCAAAAAAGAAAUCUCUGCUGGAAACUAUAAAGGAGACGGAAACAUUCAAGGUUGCCAAAGAAAUUUUGGACAAAUAUGAUGAGCAGAUUCCUAAGAUGGAAUCCAUCUCUCGAACGCUGUGUGGUCAACUUGAAAACGCAGGAUCUAAUCAGUUGCUUUUUUCGAAGCCGGCACAUACCAAAAAUGUUCCAUCCGAGGCUACUCCAAAGGAAGAUGCAGUGGUUCGUCCACGUGUGCAGCCUAUUCGCCCAUUUCAAAAAGAAAGCGUUACGCUUGUAGAUAAAAUGGUGGACUAUUUCUUCGGAGACGGGCCUAGUCAGCGGUAUGCUUUGAUAUGUAUAAAUUGUCAUGGUCAUAAUGGUAUGGCACUUCCUGUGGAGUACGAGUACCUGGCAUUUGUAUGUUUUAUUUGCGGACACUUCAAUCCAGCGAGGAAAUUCAAGCCUGUGAAAUUACUAACUGGGUCACCUGGAUCGUCAGUUCAUUCGACUACGAAGCCACAUUUACAAACUGAUUCUCCAAUUCUCGGUACCGCAUUACUGGAUAAUGACAGAGAACCUGAAAAAACCAUUGUAAAAGAGAUUAAACCGUGUUUGGCGAAAAAAGCGGCCACGCAUGCCUCGUCAGACUAUUGCGACGUAAAUAUGCCCUUACGUUUUAUCAAAAUGCUAGCAAAUGUGAGUGUUUAUGUUUAG